AUGCGCUCCAGGUGUUUCUGGGAAGUGAACAAUAAGAGCAAAAACAAUGUAGCCAUGCUACUGUAUAUACAGGGCUGGGUAUCAUAUAGUACAAAAGGGAGAAGGAGCAGGAUGAAGGCAAAGAGAGAUGAAGUAAAGAAAAUAAAGAAAGCGGAGUAA